AUGUUCUUCAAGGGAUUUAUAUUUGUCUUGCUGCUGGUCGUCCAUUCGGAUGCGGAGUCACUAGAGAUGAUUCCGGCUGUGACAGAACAGGUGGUCAAAUCAAAUUCCAAUCUAACACUGAUUUGCACCUACGAAUACAACACAACAAUUGAAAAUACAUCUGUUAAUAUUACGUGGAAACUACCGGACUUUAUAACCACUUACCCUGAGGAAACCUAUGUUGACAAACGCUUUCGCGUCUCGGUGGAUAGGAACGACACGCACCUGAGAUCGACGAUGAAUUUACUGGAGGCCUUUCCUUCGGACACGGGCACUUUUAGUUGCGCCACUCAACAAGGAACUCAAAUCGAACAAUACGUCUACGUUUACAGUGUUAUAAAACUUGUAAUCAUCCAGACGGAUAUCGAAACGGAAUUUGUUUCGGUGCAAGGAAUUCCGCUGGAUAUUCCGUGCAAGGUCACCCAUCCCAACGUCACCGUGUCUCUCCUCCGCGGAGAGCCCAACGCAAACGGAGAAUUCGAUUGGAGUUUUAAGGUUUUGUCGUUGGAUCCAAAUAAUUCCACUGAUUGGUUGUUCAUACCCAAACUCGGACUGAGGUUAUUAAAUCCAAAGGUCAGUGACAUUGGCCAAUACAUGUGCCUUGGCUCCAUGAACAUAGAAACUGCCAUCCGGCACACUGAUGAAGAAUUCACUGUUUACGUCAGAGGAAUGGAGCUAGUAAGAGAUGGCGAAGAAGAUCCGGUAGAAGGGACCAAUGUCACUUUGAUUUGCCGUACAGUCAUCCAAAACAAAAUUAAAAAGACCAUUUGGCAACCGGAAUGGGCGUAUUAUCAGACCAAUGACACCGACCAAAUGCAAAUUAUAAACCAGACUAAUCCACCAACAGGUAUUCAAAUAAUGAGGGACGUGAUAGGGAAAACCCUGGAAGAUUACUCGUACAACAUUUACGAAAGUCGACUGAUUUUGCUCAGCGUGACUGUCAAUACUUACACCCAUUUCCAAUGCAAAGCAAACAUCAAUGGCGAAAAAGUGUCUCAAACAAUUUCAUUUAACGUUAAAGAAGUAAAUAACGAUCCAGCGGAUGUCAAACUCGGCAGAGGAAUAGCUCAGAAUUUAACUUGUAACAGACCCUCCGAUCAAGUCCCCAUUCAAUGGCUCAAGGACGACAUGGAAUAUUCCGGAUUGAUUUACUACACGAACAACCAGUCAAUUUUGCCACUACGAGGCUUCGCUAGCGAAAUAGGAACUUACGUUUGUUCGUGGAACAACAGCCGAGGUGAGGCUAGGCGCAGGAUUUUCACCUUUGCAGAGGAAACCAAAACAGCCAACAUUGCCAUCGCCAUUUUUACAUUUGUGCUGUUUGUCCUUACACUUGGACUAGGCAUCAGUUGGUAUCUGGACAAGAAAAAUCGGAAAGAAGAACUAGAAAGAAUACUACUCAACAGCAAUCCUGAUGGAAUCGACCCAAACUUGCCAAUCGACUACCAAACGGAAUUUCUACCCUACGACAAACGAUGCGAAUUUCCGAGGAAUCGUCUGAAACUCGUUGGCAAACUGGGCGAAGGAUGUUUUGGCGAAGUUUUCAAAGCGGAAGCUGUGGAGAUCAUCAAAGGUGAAAGUGUCACGACAGUAGCCGUCAAAACGGUCCGAUCGCAAUCGAAAUUUCAAACUAAAAAACUAAACGAAACGGCCGCAAUGGAUGCUCUGAUAAGUGAACUGAAAAUUUUGAAUUACCUGGGAUCUCACCUUAACGUCGUCAACCUACUGGGCGCCUGCACAAAGGACAUAAUUAAAGGCGAACUUUUGGUUAUUAUCGAUUACUGUCGCUACGGUAAUUUGAGAUGUUAUUUAAUUAAGCAUCGACUCAAGUUUGUCAACCUGUUGGAUAAUUUGGGCAACAUGACAUGCGGUAACGAGUUGCAAGACAUCUACAAGUCUGCCAGCAAAGCCUCGAUCGAUAAAGAAAAUGAACCUUCCCUAUCACAUCCAGCGGAUGCAAUCUCAGAUUUCCCACAGGAAGCGAUAGACUUUCAAGAGCCGGAAACAAUCUGGAAAUACGGAGAAGAUGCAGAUGUGGAAGACAAUAAAUCCGUUUCAACGUGGGAUUUGAUCCGCUGGAUUCUACAAAUAGCUAGAGGGAUGGAAUACUUGACUAGUAAAAAGGUCCUUCAUGGCGAUUUGGCCGCCCGCAACGUCCUUUUGGCCGAUCACGGAAUCGUCAAAAUCGCAGAUUUCGGAAUGUCCAGAAAACUGUACGAUUACAAUUGCGAGAUAAAAGGACAGGAAUUGUUGCCGAUUAAGUGGAUGGCCGUAGAAUCGCUUACCGACCACAUUUUUUCGAGUCAAUCGGACGUUUGGUCUUACGGAAUUCUCCUCUGGGAACUCUUUUCCCUCGGCAGAAUUCCAUAUCCAGGAAGGAAUGGCCCGAUACUUGUGAAAGAUAUUCAAAAUGGGCACCGAAUGGAGAAGCCGGAAUUUUCACCCAACUUCUUCGGGGAGGUUAUGAAAAACUGCUGGGAAGCUGAUCCUAAGGAGAGGCCAACCUUCUGCGACCUGGAGGAGAAAAUAACAGACUAUAUUAAGCUGCUGGUUGGCCACGAUUACUUAGACACGAAUAUAAUGGAAGUUGAUCCAAGCAAAAAUGUAGUCAACCAUUCGUCAACGAGCGCUUUGGUGCCACCUGUAACCAAAACUGUUCUGAACAAAUCGCCAGGAGGCAAACGACGCCUCCAAUUCCGAAACGAUUCUCAAGAGAUGAACUUGAUCGAAAUGAUUUAGCACUUGAUGAAGAUUACUAGCUUACGAGAGAAACAGAUGAGAAUCGGACUUGAAUCUAAGGAAUAAGAAAAAAAUGAUUAAAAGUUAAAAAUAUUUGCUGAAAAAUCUUGUUACCCCUUACUAUUUGUUUUUGAGUUUUAUUAGAUUCUAGUGACAUUAAACGUCUGUAAACGGUUA